UUCAACACGGGAAGCCGCCAUCUUAAAGUGGUAGAGUUGGAAAGUUUGAAGUGGAGGAAGGUGGAGACCUGUUAAACUUUCCAAAAUUCCUCUUUAUAGUCCAAAAAUGCCGUUGGCUCACUUAGCAGACCCUUGGAAGCGGAUGGAGGUGGCCCAAGAUACCGAGGCUGCCUCCACCGAAGACAUGUUGGUAGAUGACCAGAAUGACAAUGACCUCGACAGAGAAAUAAAUGUGGCCAACAUGAUGAAGGAUGGAGAAAGAGUGGAGCCCAAAGAUUUUGAACUCCUGAAAGUCCUGGGCCAAGGCUCAUUUGGAAAGGUCUUUUUGGUCAGAAAAGUCACAGGAAAAGAUGCAGGAACAUUGUAUGCCAUGAAAGUACUAAAAAAAGCCACACUCAAAGUGAGAGACAGAGAACGCACAAAGAUGGAGAGAGACAUCCUUGCCGACGUCAACCAUCCAUUUAUAGUGAAGCUACAUUAUGCAUUUCAGACUGAAGGAAAACUGUAUCUUAUUCUGGGAUUUCUAAGAGGUGGGGAUUUGUUCACCAGAUUAUCUAAAGAGGUGAUGUUCACAGAGGAAGAUGUCAAGUUCUAUCUGGCAGAGCUGGCUCUGGCGUUGGACCAUCUUCACUCACUGGGAAUCGUGUACCGAGAUCUGAAACCAGAAAACAUCCUGCUGGAUCAUGAAGGCCACAUCAAACUGACAGACUUUGGUUUAAGCAAAGAGUCAAUAUUUGAGGAGAAGAAGACAUACUCGUUCUGUGGAACAGUAGAAUACAUGGCCCCAGAGGUGGUGAACCGCAAGGGUCACAGUACCGCAGCAGAUUGGUGGUCAUUCGGGGUCCUCAUGUUUGAGAUGUUAACGGGUGCCCUGCCUUUCCAGGGAUCAAAUAGAAAGGAUACCAUGACUCAAAUCUUAAAGGCCAAAUUAGGAAUGCCUCAGUUUCUUUCUCCAGAAGCUCAGCAGUUGUUACGUGCUUUGUUCAAAAGAAAUCCACUAAAUAGGCUAGGGUCAGGACCAAAUGGCAUAGAAGAUAUUAAAACGCAACCAUUUUUCAACACGAUAGACUUUGAUAAACUGUAUAAACGUGUAUUGAAUCCUCCAUUUAAGCCAGCUGUUGUGCAAACAGAUGAUGCAUUUUACUUUGAUCCAGAAUUUACUUCACGCACACCCAAAGAUUCCCCCGGUAUCCCACCAAGUGCAACAGCUCACGAGUUAUUCCGAGGAUUUAGCUUUGUUGCACCAGCUUUACUAGGAGAAGAUAACCAUGUUGCAAACCCCAUACUAGAUAAUCAAAUUGCCUUAAAAUCAUUACCCGGUGUAAAAUGUACAGCCUUCUCAGAUGAAUAUGAAACAAAAGAGGAUAUUGGAAUAGGAUCAUACUCAGUCUGUAAGCGCUGUAUACACAAAGGCUCGGGGCUGCAUUUUGCCGUCAAGAUAAUGGACAAAGAAAAGCGAGAUCCCUCAGAGGAAGUGGAGAUCUUGCUAAGGUUUGGUCAUCACCCCAAUAUCAUCACAUUAAGAGAUGUGUUUGAUAAUGGUAACAAGGUUUACAUGGUAACAGAAUUGAUGCAGGGAGGGGAAUUAUUGGACAAAAUCUUAAGGCAGCGGUUCUUCUCAGAAAGAGAAGCCAGUGCAGUUCUACAGAUUGUAGCCAAAACUGUAGAAUACCUCCAUGCUAAUGGAGUUGUACAUAGAGAUCUGAAGCCUUCCAAUAUUUUGUACGCAGACAACUCCGGCUCUCCGGAUAGCUUGCGGAUCUGUGACUUUGGAUUCGCUAAGCAGCUGAGGGCAGACAAUGGUCUCUUAAUGACCCCAUGUUACACAGCAAACUUUGUGGCCCCAGAGGUCCUGAAGAGACAAGGGUAUGACGCAGCUUGUGAUAUUUGGAGCCUGGGUGUUCUACUCUACACCAUGUUGGCAGGGCACACACCGUUUGCAAAUGGACCAAAUGACACCCCCAACGACAUUCUGUCUCGCAUCGGAGAGGGAAAAUUUACCCUGGCAGGAGGGAACUGGGACUCUGUCUCAGCGGCCGCAAAGGACUUGGUACAGAAGAUGUUACAUGUAGACCCUGGGAGCCGGCUGUCUGCCACACAGGUCCUGAACCACCCCUGGGUAGCUCAGCGUGAGGCCCUGCCACAGUUCAGGCUCACUCUCCAAGAUGCACAACUAGUAAAGGGAGCAAUGACUGCUACAUUUAAAGCUCUGAACAAUUCUCCAAAGACAACCCUGGAGCCAGUGGGAGCCUCAGGACUAGCACAACGCAGGGGCAAAAACCGACCAAAGAGUUCAACAGCGGUGUGAUCCAAGUAUUAAUCAUCUGUCAGUAUCGAUCAUGUGUGACUGCCAAGUCAUGUGUGACAUAUCAGAGAGCGCUGUUUGUUUCGGAUCAGUGAACAAGAGAGGAAGGUUGUAAUUCUCCAAGAAGAGAGCCAAUUCCAAGGAAGACAACUCCUGUAGCUUUUUAUACACAAUGUAAAGAAUUUUGUAUGGUUUUGUUUUUGUCCUACUUUUGACUUCUCUCUGUUGUAUAAUUGUUUAAUAUAUAUAAUAUAUCUUGUGAUUGCUACCAAUAACAAAGUGCUACAUACUGUUUGUAUUUAUUUUUAUAUUUUUUUUAAUGUUUUUUUUCCCUUAUAUAAAAAGAGAAAGUACCUAAGACUCUAUUAUUAGCCAUAAUUAAAGGUACCUGUUACAGCUAAUUAUUCACAAAAAUGAUGCAUACAAUGUGUACAGUGCUACAGAAGCAGUAGCUCUUCUGAUUUUUUUUCUGUUUGUUACAAUAUACAAAAAAGAGCUCUGCAAAGUUUGAGAAAGAUCAGCUGGACUGAAAUACUUUAAGAAAAACAAUUGAACUACCUCUGAUAUAACAUGGCACCCAACAGAAACGUUUCAAGACUUAUGUAAAUUAUUUCUAACAGUAUAUUCUAAAAAGCUACUUUACCCAACAUUAUGAUGCAAAUGUUGUGAAAUUAUUAACAAAUAACCCUUUUUCCUAUGAAAAAGUUUCCUAUUUUGUGUUUAGAUAGAUAAAUUUUUGUAUGCUUAAUAUAUUUUUAAUCACUAUAAUGGAAGAAAAUGGAAUAAUAAAAAGAAAAAAGAACGAUCAUUCUGCUAUUAUGAUACAAAGUUUGUAGAAAUUUCGGAUAGACAGCACUAGUUUUUUAAGGCACAGAUACCAAUAACUUAUGUGAUGUCCAUAUUUACAUAUAUCUAGAUUUUGCUUUAAAUAAGCUGUGUUCGAAGAAUCUUCAUUUUUCUUUAAAAUUUAAAUUCUAUUUUCCAUACCAUUUUUCUUAGUUUAUAUUAUUUAAUUAUAAGACAAGAAAUGAGAAUAGUAUUUCUCAAAAUAUCAAUUCUACAUAAUAUUUAUUGACAAAUAUUUUCAAAGUGCUACUAGCAUUCCUUUAUUUAUAUGUGCAUAUUCUGAUUUUGUGUGUGCUUUAUGCAUAGAUUGCUUUAUAAUAAUGAUAAAUGUAUUUCAAGAAAAAAUUGUACAUAUUUUGUCCUCCAUGUACACCCAAAUUCUGGGUAAUGAAUGAAGAGACUUUGAACAGGUUCCUGUAUGUAGAAUACACCUUUCUAACUUAUCUACUGCAAAGAAAAAACAAAAAAAAACUUGCCAUAAAAAGUUCUCCAUUCCAUUGAGUAGCCAAUCUUGCAACUAUUAAGUUUUAGUUAUCAUGUCUUGAAUGAACAUUGUCUUCAUAAACAUACCCUAAUAUAUUACCUAUGAAUAUCCUUAGCUUAAAAUGUUUUUUGAAUUUCUGAGAAACGAGUACGAUAUUGAUAUUACUUUUUAAAAGAUGUAAACAAGUUCCUUGGACAUGUUAUUUGGAAGCUUUUUGAUAAUACAAGAUGAGCUUACAUGUGUUUGUACAUCUAUGUAUUUGUUUCAUUCAUUCAGUUUAGUGAUAAACUUGACAUGAGUUUGUUUUCUAGGUACCUGUAGACAAUAAUGAUGAUUAAAUCUGAAUGAAGAUUGUGUUAAGGCUUAACUCCUCUAGAAUAAUUUUACUGUUAUUUUGCGACAGUUUGAGGUCCUGUUAUCUUAGUUUUAUUGACGUUGGUUUACAAUAAUGGAUCCAGAGAUUAUUUUAUAACAGAAAAUAAUUGUCUGGUCAGAACUCAUAAAAGGUGCUCUACUUCAUUGUAAAUGUAGGUAGCAAGCAGUUUCAUUUUGGCUCAAUGUUUUUUUUUCUUUCAUUUUUUGUGUUAAAAAAGAAAUGAGAAAAUACAUUGUAUAAUCUUAUUAUGGUUUUACACAAAAGUACUGUUUAAUGAUGUUAUGUAGCAGUCAGUUAGAAAAUUUAAUAUAUAGAGAUAUAAAUCGCAUUGCUAUAAGUGCUAAGAUUUAAGCUACUAAGUGCUGUAUAAUAUUUCUUUGUAUGGUCUCUUGUAUGUGAAUGUAAAAGAGGGGAACGAGUGGUUUGUUGUUUUUUGAUGAACAAAUACUUGUAUCUUUUGUAUUGUUGAUACUUUUGUGAGAAUGUUAUGAUUGCUAGAGUUACGAUGAAAGAGAAGCUGUAAGAAAAGUGUUCUAUUAAAGACUUGAUAUUUCAGUCUAAACAAUACUUCUGUUGUUUUUCUUCUUCUUUUUUUCAAUGCGCAGCUUAUUUGGUGAAAUGGAGGUCAUUUGAAGUGUAUUAAAUGUAAGACAAAAGGACGUUUAUCAAACGAGAAAAUAUUUUUAAAAUGACACCUACCACCAAAGAAAAUGUCAGUCAACCCAAUGUUCAUGUACAUAUAUUUGGAUAGGGAGUACGCAUUCAAAAACAAUGGUCAUAAAAUGUUUUAAAAAAUUGUGUCUGCAUAAUUUUGAAUCAAGCCGACAGUAUUGAGUCUUACCUUUGUAUGGCAUCGUCAAUAAUUUUUUAAAAUAUUUAAAAAUUGCAAUGUGCACUGCUUAGCUUACCGCAGUGAAAUUUGCUGAACUAACUUUUAACAUUUUCUAUCCGUUGUGUGAUAGUCCUUAAACCAGCAGAUGCUUUGUUUUGUACACCUUUAUGUUGAAGAUAUCUUCUAUGGUGUAAAUUUGUACCAUUGUAUUUCAAUUUUUUAUUUAAUUUAAAAAAAGGUUAGAUAAAAAGAUCUCUAAUAAUUCAUUAGAAACUUGUUUCUCAACUAGAUGUGAAAAUGUGUGAGAGAUGUUGUUCAUUUAAACUAUCAAGAUGUUUAUCAAUCAGAAUAUAAGGUAGUCUUGUUUAGACUUGAUUGCCAUAUAUACACAUGUAUGUUAUAUACUAUCCAUAUGUAUGUAAAACUGUGACCUUGACACACCUCCCUUACCUACCCACCCCCACACAUCUCUCCCCAUGAUCUGCAAUUUGUUUUGUUUUUUGAUGACACCUGUAUAUAUUGGUGUACAUUCUGUGUAUGAUUCUGAAUUUUCUCUGAUAUGAUAGCGCUGUACGUAGAGAACACUUGUUGAUGUAUGUUUGUCACCAUUGCUCAAUAUAUUCAGAAGCAUUAUUAUCUCACCAUAUUGAAUGCUGUACAAUAAUUGCCAUUUGUUCUCUUUUUACAAACUUGUUGUAAGAAUAUCUUCAAAUACUAUCAUUAUUUUUAGUAA